CUUCUCCUCCCUCCGCCUUUGCAGAUGGCGUCGGCUACCGACUCCCGCUAUGGGCAGAAGGAAUCCUCCGACCAAAAUUUCGACUACAUGUUCAAGAUCCUCAUCAUCGGCAACAGCAGCGUAGGGAAAACCUCCUUCCUCUUCCGGUACGCCGACGAUUCCUUCACCCCGGCCUUCGUCAGCACCGUCGGCAUCGACUUCAAGGUCAAGACCAUCUACCGGAACGACAAACGCAUCAAGCUGCAGAUCUGGGACACGGCCGGCCAGGAGCGGUACCGCACCAUCACCACCGCCUACUACCGCGGCGCCAUGGGCUUCAUCCUGAUGUACGACAUCACCAACGAGGAGUCUUUCAACGCCGUGCAGGACUGGUCCACCCAGAUCAAGACCUACUCCUGGGACAACGCCCAGGUCCUGCUGGUGGGGAACAAGUGUGACAUGGAGGAUGAGCGCGUGGUCUCCUCGGAGAAGGGCCGCCAGCUCGCCGAGCACCUGGGUGAGUUGAGGAGCUGUCUUCCUACAAAUAAUUUAAUUAGGGGGGGCUUAAUUCCCCGGCUGUAAUUCUUCUGCUUCAAUAGCAGCGGUGACUCGUCACCUAACGAAGAAAAAAACCCAAAUGAGGCAUAAUUAAGCCCCCGGGGUGUGAUGGCAGUUUCUGUUACAGCCCCAUAAACCUGCCGAGAGGUGGGGAAA